UUGUAUUGUUUAAUUAAUAAGUUAAUUUACUAGAAAUAGUUGUAUCUUAAAAACCAAUCCAUUCCAAUGCAAAAGCAGCAGCAUAGGAAUUGCGUAAAACCCACUUGAUUGCAGCACCUUCCUCUCAAUGUUCUCUCUUUCUCUCUCUCUUAACUUCAAUCCUAAGUAUGAUUAAUGAUUUAGGUCUCUCUCUCUUUCUCUCUUUAAAUGAACACAAUUAGUUUGAGUUACUCUCCCUCUUCACCCCACACACAACAUAACAAUAUUUUUCUACCACCACUUUUGAAAACGUUUAAAUGACACAAACACUCACUCAGGUAAUAUUUCACGCUAUAUAGAGACAGUGACCACUUCAUACUUCACACUAUUCUUCUUCCUCCAAAACCAACUUAACAUUUCUCAUACAAAUCCAAAUGGGUCGUCAUUCAUGUUGUUUAAAGCAAAAGUUGAGGAAAGGUUUAUGGUCCCCUGAAGAAGAUGAAAAGCUUUUCAAUCAUAUAACUAGAUUUGGUGUUGGUUGCUGGAGUUCUGUUCCUAAACAAGCUGGACUUCAAAGAUGUGGAAAGAGUUGUAGAUUGAGAUGGAUAAACUAUUUGAGGCCUGAUUUAAAGAGAGGAAUGUUCUCACAACAAGAAGAGGAUCUUAUAAUCAGUCUUCAUGAAGUCCUUGGAAAUAGGUGGGCUCAAAUAGCAGCACAAUUACCAGGGAGAACAGAUAAUGAAAUUAAAAACUUCUGGAAUUCGUGUUUAAAGAAGAAGCUUCUAAAGCAAGGGAUUGAUCCAACAACACACAAGCCUCUUACAGAAGCAUAUCUUAAGGAAGAGAACAAAAUCACAGAAACAACAGUACCAUCUAUGCAAAUACCAUCAAUUACAUCACAUGGUUCAGCAUUUCUAAUAACUGAUUCGAGUUACUAUGAUGAUAAUGGCUUAACAGAAGCUUCAAGAGAAAUUUUCACCAGCAAGCAAGCAUUGGACCCUUUGUUCUGCUAUGAUUUCCAAUCUGGUUAUAACUUACCUAUGAGUAAUUAUCACACAACUCUUAAACCAUGUGAUCAGAGUCAAUUCGGACUUAAUUCAAGCUAUGGUUUCACUUCAAUGCCGAGUCUAACAAAUUCAGAUCACGCGAAUGUGUCCGUGACAGAGUUUUCAGACAACAAUUCAGCUUCAAAAAUCAAUUCAUUCUUCAUGAAUGAUCAAGUGAAAGAAAGCAAUUCAAGCAAUAGCUCAAAUAUGAGUACUAUUUAUCCAUCACAAAUGAGAAGUACUAUGAUGGAAAAUAACAAUGCAGGGUUUUGUUGGGAUGGAUCAGAGAAAAAUAUAGACCCUUUGUUUCAGUUCCAAGUAAAUGCUAUAAAAUCUGAAGAUUAUGGAACUAGUUCAUGGGAAGAAGGACAACUUCAAACUCACAAUUCAAUAGAAGAUUUCAAUAGCUAUCCAUUAACAUCACUUUCAGAAGAUUUAACAGAAGCAAAUUUUGAUGUCUUCCAUCAUAUAUGAAUUGUAAAUUCUUUCUUUAUUUUUUUUUCUUCAUAUUUUUUACCUAUAUAUUUCUAUUGUUCAAAGUAGAAAAUAUAGAAAGGUGUUGAUAGUACAUAUGAUUAAGAUUGAGAUUGAGAUUUGAUACCCCCUCCCCCGGAUUUUUAUUUUUUUUUCCUUACCAUUGAUUGAUGUAUCUGUUUUCAUAAGCCAAAGUUUGAAUAACGGUAUAUUCUUUAAGAUUAAUGAUUGUAGCUAAUUUUGUUUUGUGGCUGUAAUAUUUUAUAUUGUCCAA